AUCAAGCCCAAUGUGCGAGACAUCGAGCCACACGGCAGCUCCUCGGAGCAGAAGCGACGGAAGGACUCCCUCGCGUCCUUGCCCAGUGAGAACAACAACAAGGAGGCGAUACCGUCCACGGCCACCUCCUCUGCUCCCUCCUCCGCAGCCCCCUCCCCCAAGACACCCCUGGAGCCAAGGAUGGGCGGGAGUGGUUCUUUGACCACGCCCCACUCAAAGACACCCUUGCCUAGCCCCCUAGGACUGCACCCAUCGGUGGUACAUCCCCCUCAGCCCGGUGUCCCCGCGGUCAUGAUGCCUUCCCCGAGGUUACCUCUAUCGCCCUAUCUUCCGGCACAGAGAUUCAUCAUACCAGGUCAGUAUCCCACCCACCCUCCGCCCCCUCUCAUUCAGCAGCCCCCGACAUCGUCCCCUAGAACCAUCACCGAGGCCCGCAUCUCUCAGGCCAGCAUCCCGUCUUCCGUCUCCACGGUGCCGGGCUCUGCGUCGUCCUCUCGUGCCACAUCGCCCCGGCUCAUUAAGGACGAGGGCUCGUACAGGCGGGAGGAGAUUGAGAAUUCUGGUUUCCUGUACGGUGCUCUUACACUGAGGGGGUGCCAAGAAGUGGGUUUCUGUCAGGCUGGAUCUGACAUUCGUCUUACAGAGCUCAGUGACAAGCAGAUUGAGGUUCCCAAGGGUUUUGUUCUGGUCGGCACCAAGUCACCCUACCUCCCAGAGAACAUCCUGGUUGCAGCGGUCGAUGCAAGGUUCCUUCCAGAUCCCAAUACUAACCUUGCUCUCCUAGGGUUCAGCGGUAACUGCGUGGGAUGCGGCGAGAAAGGAUUCCGAUACUUUACAGAGUUCUCGCACCACAUCAACCUCAAGCUCACCACCCAAGCCAAGAAACAGAAGCACCUCAAGUAUUACAUAGUCCGCAACAAGCAGGGUCAUUUAGUCAGGGGACCUAAUAUACCAUGGAAAGAAUGUAGAAAGACCAACUAUUCAUCCACCUCUGUCUACCAUGGAGGCCUGUCACCCAGUAUUGCCGGUCAGACGUCGGUUAUAGUAAGCAGACCCACCAGCAUAAAUCCCAGUAGCCAAGACAACACCCAGCCCAGAACUUCCCCAUCGGCCAACAUCAAUCACUAUGGCCACAGCAGCAGUGGUCAGUUACGGUCACCUGGCCAGGCCAGUGGUGAGGGGUCGGAUUCGCACAGUGGACCUGGCAGGUCGGUCCCGUCACCGUCGUCCGGCGAGUCCCAGCUCCGACCAGGGGAGUCCGAAUCGCCCACCGCGGUCCAGCAACCGCUGAAAAAGAGACGGCGCUUUCAUAGCAUGGAUGAUGAGAAACUACGUCCUGGGCAAGAUCAAGUGCGUCCCACCCAUCACAUGAAGCGAGCCUCCAUCCCCACCUUACCACCCCCCGCCCUGAUGCACCCACCAAACUUUGUGCCCCCUCCCAUGCAGGCCGGGGUGCAGGAUUGUACCUUCGUGCCCCCCGGUCUGGCCGACGCCUGCGGCACCAAGAUCAUCAUCCUCGACUGCAGCGGGAACCUGCCGGUGUUCCACGGUAAUAUGAUGGAUAUCCUUGUCAGCGUGCAGUUCCGGGACAGCUUGAAGCCCAGGCAGCACAUCUCACCACACCUGGCAGAGAGCCUGGGGCUUGUGGGAGUCCAGAGCAUGAACUUUGAGACCAUGGCCCUGGUGAUGAUCCAGUAUAUUGUUCAGCUAGGUGAUGAUGCGCCGACGAAAGGAGAGCUUGAUGCUGCCAUGUUACGGGCAAGACAAGAUACGUCUAUCAAGGAUCUGGCUGGCCAGCAUAACAUCCCGCAGUUUACCACUGUCGCACCUGCACAGCUCCCUCUACUGGCCAAACUAGCUGUAGCCUCCUCAAAUGGGCGUGUCAAAAUCCUGAUUUCACAGAAUUCCAUUGCUGAGGGUUUAAGUGAAAUGUUGAAGUGGCUUGCCAGUUCGUCGAAGGAGACCAAACGUCCCAAAUAUGUAGUGGUGAUUCAUGUAUCCAGACAACGAGGAACAGAGUUCUGUGUCGCUGUCGUAGGUAGCAAGCAGGUGCGUGCAAUCACAGAGUCUAAGCUCUCCACCGCUGAGACAUUCAAGGAGAUCAGUUAUGAGAUCAUUACAGGCAAGAUGCAGCUUCUUGAUAGUCAUUUCUUCAAGAAUAGUCCAGCGGGCCAUGACAUCGAUGCUCUGCUAGAUAAUUUCUCGUCCAGUCUUGGAGGAGAAGUCUUCAUUCCAUUCGAUGGUGACAUACUACAGAGGACACCGGAGACCGAUGCACAGGAUAUGAUUGUUAUUUCUAAAGAUCAAUCAGAACCAAUGUUCACCCUCCACCAAGCUCAGAUCACCGCCGCCAUGAAGAUCCUGUCCCAAGUCUGUACCAUCGCAGACUCGGACCAAAUCGCCCUGGACCUGGGCCGCUUCAUACAGGUCCAUCUCCUCAUCAUCGUGCCACCUUCCAAGGCCCUCUACAGUCAGACAUUGACCAGGCUUGUUCAGUCAAACCUUCUUGUGGACCUUGGUCUGGUGUCCACCAACGAUUUGGACUCUGCUGAGCCGUACGUGAUGCAAUGUGACAGUUCCAGCGAGAACCAGGCCAAAUUCGACAUGUUCAUCAACAAAGUCAAGACCAUGCCUCACACCCUCUUUGUUGUGGUCCAGGACCAGGCCCAUCUUGAUAUCAGGAUACCAUCCACCAGCCAGCAGACCCCUGCUGGGGGUUUUGCUCACAAGUACGUGAACAGCCACGAUGUUCUGGAUGCACCCAAUCUCCUAACCUUGCACAUCAGCAGCCAACCUUACAGUUUACAGACCAAGAAGUCCAGGAUUGCACCGCAGAAUGAGAUCCCGAUGCCCAUCUCGGUGCCGAAUGCAGCUACAAUGCCUGACCAGACGGAUUCUGAUGCACCGCUGACUUACUUUGGAACGGAGCAAUACCAGGAUAGUUUGAAUUGGAGUAAUAGGACCCCGUUACUGCAGACUGAUGAUGGCUAUGAAGCAAUGGCUGAUUCCCUCUUGAAGAGGUACCCCAAACUUCACAGCAUGGUGGUCCGGACCUACCUCCUGAUCCGUCAAUACUCGGCCGCCCUGAUGGCCCUCGCCGGCAUCACCCACAUACAGAGCGACGCCACCAGCCUGACCUACAAGAUCCUGCGGGACCUGGUCCUGGCCCCCUUCCAGACCCCCGAUGGCGCCGGUCACAUGGUCCUCCUGCGCAUCCCGUCACCGCAGCUGGCCAUCCUGGCCCACGACAAGCUGCGGACCGUAAGGGAUAAGAUCGGCUAUCAGUAUCGUCUGGACAUCGUGCUCUGCGCUCAGGACCAAGAGAUCCUUCUGGAUGAUUAUUUUCUCAAGAGACUGCAGGGAUUGAGAGAUGUAGACUCUGACUGGAGACCUCAGAGCUAUGAGGAUCUUCACAGGUUGCCAUGUAUCGUGGUACUCGCUGGCGAGCACCUUGCGGGAGAAACAAUGCCAAAGUCAUUAAAGGUCAUUGACCUACGACUGGUCAACCAUGGUGUGUACGACCUGACCAGCCUCGAACAAGAGCUUGGCCUCGGCUCCACCCACUGCCCCGACUCGGCCAUCCCCUCCGUGGUCACAGUCGCAGAGGACAGCGACGAUGAUGACGACGAUGGAGAUGAGGAUGAGGAAGACGGGGUCUUUGAGGAGAGGAUGGAGUACGAAAUGGGUGGAUCUCCGCAUCCUCUGCAGAUUGAUGUCGCCUCCUCUAAUGUUGGAGGAGCCGACAAUGCUUCCAUCAAAUCAGCAGAUAACAUAAGCAGUGCUCGCUCCACGCCAAAAUCCUCCGUCAUGGAGACCUCUGGACCUCCGUCAGUGGAAGGGGCACCACCCUUGAGCACCAUCCGCCCCAUCCCCAGCCCUGGAAUGCACCUAAGCUCCCCGCCCCCAUGUCUCACUCCUACCAAGGCCCAGUCUCCCGCCCCCUUGGCCCAGGACAUUGCCCACACCCACCCGACCAGCAACGGCUUCUCCAAGCACGACGCGGGGGAGAUGGAGGUUGUCGCUGCGGGAGAGAUCGGGAAUGAGGAUGCCCCGAUGGCAGCCAAGGAGGAUGUAGAGAUGCAGGAAGGGGUUGACGGGGAAGUCGAGGACAUUGGGAACGACGGAAGCAACAAUGAACUGCCGAUGAUGAUCUUGUCGGGAUCCGUAUUCAAGUUGUUGCAUAAGAAGGAUUCAGAGCUGUUCCCCGCCAUAGCCGCUCUCACCUCGAGUCCUGAUACCUCGUGGUCGGGUUCUCUCAGGCCAGUCCUGAGGGAGGACAGCGGGCCUGUCAAGAGUGCUUUCUACAGGAAGUGGACGGAGCCCAAGUCCUAUCACUACGACUAUGAGAGGAGCGAGGAUUCUGCACACUACCAUCCAAGGAGAUUGCUGCUCUAUGGACCACCUCAGGUUGGUAAGACCGGUGCCUACCUCCAUUUUGCACGGGUCCUCCUACGUAUGCUUAUCAGACUCCAAGAGGUAGAAGUGUUUGAUGAACCAAACCUUGACAUCCCGCCGCCACCUCCAGAGGGCAGUAUGGAGCUUCAAGAGGGUGAGGAGGGCACCGGCGGUGCCUUUGGCCGAACAGGAUUCGAUUAUCAACUUCGUGAAGGCAGGUUCAAAGGACAUAGCCCUGUUUGGCAGACGGACACUAAACAACAUGUGUUUGCUGCAUUGGAUUCAAAGAAUGAUCAAAAGAGGGCGACAACGUCGAUGAGGCUCACCAAAUACAGCGCUCAUAAUGCAUUCCAUCACUGUGACCAGUGUCAGCAUUACAAAUACUUGACAGCUACUGAGGCUCGAGAAACCAAGGCAUACAGCGUUCAGCUGAACACGAGGUAUUACGGCGAAGUGGAGAUGCAGUUUGUUAUACCAGCUCAACAGGAGAAACACUUUGUGUUUGUUAUGCAGAGUGGACAGCUAUCUAGCAUGGUCUUGCCCACGAAACAAGAACAGGGUCCUAAUGCAGUGAAGACCCCUAUCUUCAUGCCAUCCUUUGGUCGUCAGGAGCAGGCCCUCAUUAAUCUCUAUCACACCAUGGAGGGCAGCAAGCACGUUCACAUCAUCGUCUGUAAGCAGAAGGACGCCCUGGCGUACGAGAAGCAGUGGCCGAAUCAUGUCUUGCUCAUCCUGCCUUCUCUGGCUAACGAAGCUGGCCCAGGUGCAGCCAAGUACUUCAUCAAAGAGUUAGCGUCGCGGAAUCUUGAACUUGAGAAGAACCGUCAGAGUAAGCUUGGCCUACAACCGGACGCCGUCUGGCCUUUCAUCGCCCUGAUGGAGGACAACUGUGUUACCUGGAGAUUGAGCUCAGGCAGCGGUGCCGAUCAGCAUGAGAGUGACAAAGUUGUUCCUUUGAAGACCAUACUGGAGAUGAUGGAGAAUGUUCCAGACAUCGAGGCCUAUACUGCCCUCGGUGUUCAACAGUGGAACAGUCAAUUAGCAAGUGGCUCUUCCAGGUCAACGUCCAACGGGACACCUACGUCUCAUUGCCAUCUAUUCAACAUGAUAUUUCUCAAUGUGGACAGAGCUAGGAAUGUGGACUAUGGAUUCAACAGAUUUUUCAAUGAGGAUAUUGAGUUCAACUUGAAGCUGGCAUCGGAAGGUCACACCUUACUCCGACUAGACUACCUCUCCGUCAUGGUCAAGUCCAUCGAGGCCAACAACCUGGCCCAUUUUACCCCCAAGCCCCACCCGCUGGCCACGCCCACCAAGAAGCCCCCUCCCCACCAUGCCGUCAACCCCUCCAGCUAUGUCCGCACCCCCGAUUCGGAGGAGCUCAUCCCGUUGGCUGCCCCGCCUCAGUUCUUGAUGGAGCGCUUCCUUGAGAGGAUGAGCGAGAAGCGCAUCUUUCCAUCCGCUGUGGACAAUUCAGAGAACCCGGUACUUGCCGUUGACUGCUAUUUCAACCUGGGCCCCCGUAUAGCAGUGCACUUUGCCUCAUCCAGCCAAACGCCAGCCAAAGACUUGACUGAGAACACGCGGUUUAGUGGUCUACUUCUCUUCAUGUGCAACAAUGCUACGAUGGAAAGGGAAUUCCUCAAGCAUUUCAAGUUUAUUAAUGGUGCUCGCCUUUGCCUGAUCAGUUCGGACAGGAACUCUCUGAGACGCCAGGUGGUCCAACUAGAUCUGGAAGAACAGUGGAGGUUUAGACUAAGGGAUGAGUUCCAGACGGCCAACGUGGCAGUGGAGCAACCGCUUUUCAUGCUGACGGGACGGCACGAGGAGGAACGUGUGUAAGAUCUGGUGCCCGUAACACAAAGCAUAGCAAUCAUUGUAGAAUAUUUAUUUUACGAUUGAUCUCAUUGACGACGAUGUACAAUCAAUUGUGCAGAUCAAGCGUAUGAUUAAUCGCUAACCUUUGUGUUACGGAUCCUGGGCACCGAUUUACCAGAAGUUGCAAUAGAUUAUGGGUGAUUUAAUAGUCCCAUUUCUUAUCCACACAAAUUCAGAUCAAUUGCUAUUUGAGUUUGACUUGAAUCUGUCAGGAGGCUGUAAGAAUGGGCCCUACCUUGUUGGGCCAAGCUCCAGAUGACCAAAGUUGCAGUGAAGUAACCACUUUUCAUCUUUACAGGACGGCAUGAGGAGGAACGCGUGUAGGACCUGGACACUGUCUUACAACUAAUAAAAGAUUUUAUCUUCUAAUCAUUAUUGGCAAUAAAAGUAAUGUUCACGAUAGUGACCAAAUUAGUGAUGACCACCUCUUGGUGCAAGAAAAUCACACGAGUCUUUGGAUUCGCCCAUCAUGGUGAGAUUUUACCUCGGAAUUAUCAGCUUCUGGGGAGCAUUGCACAAAGAGUUAAUUCAGUGAUUUUAAAUGACUGAAUUCCUCUCGGCCAAUCAGAUGUAAGGAUUUUCAAUGACUGCUGUUAUAACAGUAGUCAUUGAAAAUCAGUGACUGUUAGGGCCUUUUCACACGUGAAUCUUGAAUCAUCAUUGUAUUGAUGAUUGCAAUUCGUCUUUAGAAUCAUCGGACCUUUCAUACGCUCACUCGGAAACUGUGAUUUGAAUUCAAAUUCCUGAGUAAAGGAGGUAUGUGUCCUUGGUGACUUGUCAAUCAAGCACCGCAUCGAUACGAUGAGUGCAUGACAACCGUAUUAUCUACGGAAGUGCUUGAAAGAACGCGUAAGCUCCGCCCCCAAAAAAGAUGUUUUGGAGGUCAAGCCUUUCACACGUAAAAUUCAUACCGUAAUUUGAGUGAAACUUAACUGGAAUUCACCUCCAGAGUAGAAUUUGAAUUUGUGAUUGUGAUUAGCGUUUGUGAUUCUAGUUUGGUUUCACACAUGCUAAAAAUUCAUCAUUAGCCUUAUUUUUCACUGGAAUCGUCAUUCAAAUUACAAUUUUUUUACUGUGUGAAAGGGUGAUGUGUUUCGUAUAAUGCUCCCUGAGUAAUACCGUCGGUGGCACUGCAACUCAUGCAAGAUAAAGUAGAUAGGGAUUAUGAAGAAAUCAGAUAGAGUAUACAGACAUUUCCAUAUUCUGAACUCAGGUUGAAUUUAAACUCUUGUAUAAAGUAGUGGUUUUAAAAUAUGGUUAGCCAGUAGUGGUAGAAAAUAUCAAACCAUACAAAUUCAAUUUGACAGCACAUUCGGUGCACACUUCAUUCAUAACUGUUUGGGAAUGGUAUAUAAGUUAGUUUUCUUCACGAUUGAAGCUUGGGAAAAGAACGACCGGGCAUGGCAAACUCCUCAAAAAGUUGCCAGCAAUGAAUUUCUGUUGAAUAUCCUCACUGAAAGGGGAGAAUCCCAGCUUGAAGAUGAUAUAUAAAUCACUACUCCUAGAUGUUCCUUAUCCUCAUUACAAUGAGAAUACCAUUGACUACGUAACCAAGGAACAUCACUUUUGAGAAAAGAGGGAUUAGAGUUGACAAGUCUAUUGAAGCACACUUUACCCUCACACUAUUGUGUAAGGUGACACAAAAAGAGAGGAUUAGAACUCAUUCAAAUUAUCUUAGAAGGGGUCAUCAAAUUAGCUCUAAAUAUGUCUUGCCAAUUAGGCACAUCUUGUUGUUAAUUGCAGAGAAGUAUCAAUGAAAGAUCUCAUCCAGUGUUUAAUUCAUUGGAGUUCAUAAUAAGGGGGAUACAUGUACUUUGGUUUUCAGUGGGAAGAACAAAUUGCACACAGUAAAAAAGACAAAAUAUUGGUCUAUUGCUGUCAAAAAUCUAUUUGGGUUUGUUUGGUACAUUCAUCUUUAAUAGUCCAUAGAAAAAAUUUACUCUUUAAAAAAAAAACCCACUGCAAACUGAAAUUUGACCAUUCUGACCAAAACCCACUGGUUAAGCCCUCCUACUGAAAAUGACACAGAGUGACUUUUGCCAUGCCUGGUCAGAAACAUGAGAAGCGUACAAUGUUGAUAAUAUUAAGACAUUUUUGGCUUCCCAUACUUAAGCACUGAGUUACUCCAUGGUUUUAGUUAAACCAGGACCCCCGUCUUACAAAGAGUUACGAUUGAUCCAGUCAGUCGUAACUAUGGAAAUCCAUCAGUGUCAUAAUUUCUUCUACGGGAAAUUUGAACAAUAUCCUUUGUAAACAAAGAGAAGCACAGUGAAUUGUCAAGAAAACAAUGAAUGCAUGAAUAUACAUGUACAUCAUAGAAAACAUUUUGAGCAAACAUGCAUAAUACAGGUUGACGUUGCUGGCCGUCCAUAGUUGUGAUUGAUCGGAUCAAUCGGAACUCUUUCCAAGACAGGUCAGUUUGCAUUGUUUGGUUUCUCACAUUUCAUUGUCAUAAAAUACUCUGUAAUUAGAUGCUAAAUGAUGAUUCAUAGGACCAAGUAUUAUGAAUAGUAGUUGAAAAUGUAUUCUUUAUGGCCAUGAAAAAAUGGGAAUAAAACAUAAGAAUAGAAAGGAAGGUGGAUUUUGAAUGAAAUUUAUCUUCGUGUUUCAUUCCAAACAUCUUUCACACUUUAAAAAAGAAAAUGUCUGCAGUCAUGUCAUGAAUCUUUUGUCUUUUGGAAAUGCCAGCAGCAUUAUCAUGCUAUAUUAAUCUGUUUAUAUGUAUUGAAAUUGAAUCACUCUCCAAGUGCAUGACAUUUUACUGGUACAAGUGUAAUUGCUUGGUUUUUUUUUUUUUUUUUUUUUUUUGGGGGGGGGGGGGGUUAA